AGUCCAGCCCUCAAAAAUUUCCCCCAAAACUCCUGCCCCUUCUUCUUCUUCUUCUUGCCGAGGAAGCCAAAGCAGCGGGAGCAAAGCGGAGCGCAAUGGCGGGGUCGUCGGAGCCGACGCGGGUGAUGGUCGCGGUGAACGAGUCCUCGAUCAAGGGCUACCCGCACCCCUCCAUCAGCUGCCGCGCCGCCUUCGACUGGAUGCUCUCCAAGCUCGUCCGCUCCAACGCCGCCGGCUUCCACCUCCUCUUCCUCCACGUCCAGGUCCCCGACGAGGACGGAUUUGAUGAUAUGGAUAGCAUCUAUGCAUCUCCACCAGACUUUCAGAGAAUGAAACAGAGAGACAAGAUAAGAGGGCUUCACUUGCUCGAGCACUUUGUGAAUCAAUGCCAUCAACUGGAGAUAAAAUGUGAAGCAUGGAUUAAACAAGGGGAUCCAAAGGAAGUCAUCUGCAGCGAGGUGAAGAGAGUUCAACCAGAUCUUCUAGUUGUGGGAAGUAGGGGCCUUGGACCAUUUCAGAGGGUUUUCGUGGGCACAGUGAGCGAGUUCUGUGUUAAGCAUGCCGACUGUCCAGUCAUCACCAUCAAACGGAAGGCCGAUGAAGCACCGCAGGACCCUGUUGAUGAUUGAUCCCUUCAAUGUCAUACUUGAGAAUGAGAUAUUCUUCACUGCUCAAUGGGUUUAAUGUACAAAAUACAAUAUGGUAGUAGUGCUUGGAACUAGUACAAAUCUUUGCCCAGUCCACCCCAAAACUAGAGUGAAGAUGAAGAACACUAUUGCGACAAGAGGUUGUAUCCUAUAUGAGAUACAUCCAAGUUUGUUAUGAACCUAAGCUACCUUGAUGAUGAAUCACGUACUGGGCUUCGCAGAAAUGAAUGUUCCACCUCUUAUCUGCC